AUGUUGUCAAAGGAAUUGUCGGUUCUCCGCCAGAAUGAUAUAUUAAAGGCAGAUGGGAGCCACUGUGGUCUUAUAUGCAUUUCCUGCCGCUACGCUUCAGCAGGGGUAGAUCCGAGAAAGCCUCAUAUAUGCCUCGAAGCCAGGAUCUUAAGACAGUGCCAACCUGGGUAUCGUCGACGAUCCACUGGCUUACAGACUUGCUCGCAAGGCGUUCUUGAGCGCUCAGCCCGCGUUGCCGCUAUAGCUUGCAACGGGCGCCCUGAGCAUCGUGGUGGUUCAACCAAGCUCCCAUUAUGGAUGUCCUGGGUGAUUGCCCUGAUUGGUCUAGAGUGUCUGUUCCCUCAAUGGGUAUCCCAGGAAUUCAUGCGGUUAAAGGGACUAGAUCGGACUGCUCCUCCUACCGUCAAUGGCACCACUUACUGGGUUCUCGAUAUCGCCGUGCCGCAGCUAGUCCCGCAAAGCAUCAUGCGCCUUGAGCCAUUGGUUCCGCCUCCUCGAUAUCUAGAAUGCUCCGCCUUUCCACAUCAUCGUUACGACGUAGGCGCUGAGGCAAAACUUUACGAAUUCACACACGCCCAACUUAAUGGAGAUGCGGAGUACUUCUUCACAUUCGAUUAUAAGAGCCUUGAACUUGUGCCGGGCCUAGAAUCAGACGCUGGCUCAUCGGAAGUACGCCCGGCUGAAGGGAGAGCUUCUCAAGUGCGCUUUGGUCCGAUGCUCGAACAACCGUCCCGGUUCUCCCUGUUCAAUCUCUUCAGCCUACCGGCAUCACUCUUGGACUCGCUUCUUCUCAUUCUCUUUGACUUGCCGCCUUCAUCCUUGAGAUCAUUACUGCGUGAUCUCUUCAACUUGCUGGCUUCAUUCUUAGACUCAAGAUCCUCGCUGCGUGACCUCUUCUGCAAGCCUUUAUUGUUGUCAAAUUCACUUUUUAUCCGCUUUGGCCUGCCUUCUCCGCCCUCGACCUCUCCACUAGCUUUCCUCUUCCUCAUGAAUCACCCAUUUAAAGUCAUUAGCUUUCAGAUCGUCUUCUUCGACGUUAUAUUAAUAGUACUUGAGCGCUUUCGUUAUGUCAUACAGCUCUGCCCGGUUGAGGGGAGGACCAAAACUGGGAAGCAAUACAGGACAAAACAAUCCCGUUGGGCGAGCCACAUUCUAAAUUUCAACCUAUUCUUUAGUGAUGCAGAAUCUGUGAGCAAAGGUGGCACGCGUAUUCUCGGUAGUAGGCGGACCUUAUUAGUCAGACUGGAGGCCAGUUAUACAAAGGGCAACAACGGGAUCGUACAAGGCCAAUAA